GAGGGACCACCGGCGCGCCAUGCCGGCAGUCAAGAAGGAGCUCUCUAGCCGCGAAGACUUGGCUCUGGCCCUAGCCACCUUCCACCCGACCCUGGCCACACUGCCGCUGCCGCCGCUGCCCGGCUACUUGGCGCCACUGCCCGCAGCCGCAGCCCUGCCCCCGGCCGCCUCGCUGCCCGCCUCGGCCGCGGGCUACGAGGCACUGUUGGCUCCGCCGCUCCGCCCCCCGCGCGCCUACCUUAGCCUGCACGAGGCCGCGCCGCACCUCCACUUGCCUGGAGACCCGCUGGCCCUCGAGCGAUUCUCAGCCAACGCGGCUGCUGCACCGGAUUUCCAGCCGCUGCUGGACAACGGUGAGCCGUGCAUCGAGGUGGAGUGCGGCGCCAACCGCGCGUUGCUCUACGUGCGCAAACUCUGCCAGGGCAGCAAGGGCCCGUCCAUCCGCCACCGCGGCGAGUGGCUCACGCCCAACGAGUUCCAGUUCGUCAGCGGCCGCGAGACGGCCAAGGACUGGAAGCGCAGCAUCCGCCACAAAGGGAAAAGUCUGAAGACGCUUAUGUCCAAAGGGAUCCUUCAGGUGCACCCCCCGAUCUGCGACUGUCCCGGCUGUCGAAUAUCCUCGCCAGUGAACCGGGGGCGGCUGGCAGACAAGAGGACAAUCACCCUGCCCGCUGUGCGUGCCCUGAAGAAGGAGAGGACUCCCAGCUUCUCCACUAGUGAUGGUGACAGGGAUGGAAGUGGCCCCGUUUGUGGGCGGCAACCAGGCUUGAAGCAGGAGGAUGACCCGCACAUCCAUAUCAUGAAGAAAAGAGUCCACACUCACUGGGAUGUGAACAUCUCUUUUCGAGAGACGUCCUGCAGGUAGGAGUCCAAGCUGACUAGG